CAACACGGGCGUGCUUUGUAUUUCAUCAAGUAAAAAUAUUGUUAAUAUUGCUUUGUUGUGUGUCGGGUAAUAAAAAUGUGUAUCAAAGGACUAACGAUAUAUUUCUACAAAAUACUUUUACGACACUCACAAGUCCUACAAGAGUAAAAUGUUGUGCUUAUUGCGAUCAGACGGACGGUUGUAUGAGUGUAAGUUAUCAGGAAUCAUCUAAAACUUGCAAGUUGUCGAGAGAUCCAUUAGUAUCUGUGUUUGUGAACGGACAAACGGACAACAGUUGGAAAAGUUACAGUAAAAAUGAUUGGUUGUUGGUGUUUCGUGGAACUCCGGAUAUCGGUGGCGAUAUAUAUAGAGCAUGGGUUGACGGAAUUGGCGUCACCGUAGAUGACGUCACAUGCAUCACGACUAACGUGACUACAUGCGAUAAGAAUUAUCGUAAUCCAGUCGUUGAUUCUUGGAGCUCAAUCGGAAUGCAACAGGUAAAGUUUGCUUUCUACAAGGACAACAAAGAAGCUGCCUACGUAAUAUUUGACGCGACCGGAAGUGACAUUACCAGCUGGUUCUCGUCUCUCAAAUAUUGUGCAGUCAACUUGGACAUUACUUGCUACAGAUUCUUUCAAUUACUUCUCCAUCAUUGGGCAUGACCCAGGUAGAAGAUUCAUGAUCAAUCGUCAUUAUGCCGGAUGUCUGUCUGAUGCCGGGUAUUCCAUGAUUGUGGUCAGUGACGCAUUUCCUUGUAUGUACGACAAGCUUCCGUCUUACCCACAGUUCCUAUUUUCUACUUCCGCAACAUUCGGAUAUCCUGAAUCGAUGACAGGAAUGGCCAAAGCUGAUGUGAUGUCCAUAUUCAUAAAGUAACAUUGUGUCGAGGAACGCUGUAUGUAUCUACAUAUAUAUCUACUGACUGUACGUACAUAGUAUAAGGAGAACAAUAUAUAUCUCUUUCGUCAUAUUUAUGUGCUGAAACAUAAAAAGGUGUUCCAUUCAUAACAAUCAAUGAGUAUCUCUAAUCAGAAGAUUUGUUACAGUUUAUUCACAUUCAAAUCAUGUGGAUGCAGUACGCAAAAAAUGUCAGCGAGUUAGAAUUCUUCUCUCAGAAUGAUCUUGUUGCCUGCCUCAUCAACGCUUUUUACAUGACAACGACGACGACGACGACUACAAAAACAACAACAACAACAGCAACAACAAUAAUAACAUCAUCAUCAACAGCAAAAAUAACUAGCUUACUGUAUUAAGCAUAUAAACACUGGGAUAAAUAUAUGUUCAUUCAAAAACUUAGUGUGUAUACAAUGUAUUAAUGUGUUAAUACUUUUAUGUAAUAAUUGUAAGUUUGUAGUUUUGAUCAAGACUAUAGUAUGAUCUAUAAACUUGUAUACAUUUAUUCAAAUUAUUUGUGUUACAAUACUUACUUGUUAAGCAUUUUUUAAAAGAAAUUCGAUUCACUAAGUUUUAAUAACAAUACUAUAUUUUUUUUUGAAACAAUCACAUGUCUACCAACUUCAAUGGCAAUAUCAUUAGUGUUUUGACAUUUGAAAUUUUCACUUUCAAUACCUAAAAAUGAAAUAUAUUUUUAAUUGAUAUCUUAUUUAAUAUUUAAUGAUUUUAACUCCGGUAAACAUAAAUCUUGGAAAUAUUUCCAUAAAUUGCAUUCAAGUGUAAACAAGGUAAACUCUGCUUCGAAUAUGACCAGGCGUGAGAUGGUUCACAGAAAUAUGAAUCAGUUAAAAAGAUAUGUUGAAUUCUGGUAAAAUGUAUGAUGGUUAAACUCCAAUAUGAGGAACAUAUUGAACGGUAUUUCUUUUUAAUUUUACAAUUUUAACUUAUUCUUUUUUUUUAUUAAGUAUGAACUAUUAUUUAGUGUUUGAAAUCAUUUGUUGUCUAAAAGGUUUACAGCAUUUCAAAUGAAUUAAAACACAUUUACUUUAGUAAAUCGGCUUACUAUUCAAAAUA